CCUGGUGACGACAAUUUUGCUACAAAUUAGUKUUUGCUGUGUUGGUGUCGCAUAGKGAUUACGUAGGAGGAAAUAGCUGUCUUGCACUUUUUMUAACGUCUUUGCACUCCUAAAUUAUAAACUAGGUAGCUAAAUGUUUAUAUGAAGUGAAAAUGAGAGCAACAUACAAAACCUUUUUCGUAUUUUAUGUUUUGAUAUCGAAUGUUUUUGUGAACGCGUUAGAACCAAUCUCAACCACAUUUGUGUUAGGUUUGGGAGUUGCAGCAGUGGGGCGGAAAUUGUACAAUUAUGUAUACGAUGAAAGUUGCAAUUCAAAAUGGAUUGCUUUUAAUUCAACAGGUUUGGAAGUGGCCCUAGAUCAGAAGCUGUUUGGUCAACAUGUUGCCUCCAGAGUCAUCCAGAAAGCUGUAACGGGUUUCAUGAACAAUAAAAAUCCUAAAAAGCCCCUGGUGCUCUCUCUACAUGGCUGGACUGGCACAGGGAAGAACUUCGUCAGCCAGUUGAUAGCUGAAAACAUCUACAAGGAGGGCAUGGCCAGCAGUUUCGUCCAUCAGCUUGACUUUACACGUCACUUCCCUCAUCGGAGUCAGCUUGAGAUCUACAAGUCUCAGCUGCAGCAGUGGGUCAAAGGCAACGUCACCAACUGCCCACGUUCCAUGUUCAUCUUUGACGAGAUGGAAAAGAUGAUCCCUGGCCUGAUUGACUGUAUCAAGCCCUACCUGGAUUUCUACGAAUAUCUGGAUGGGGUCUCGUACCGCCAAGCCAUCUUCAUCUUCCUCAGCAACGCUGGAAUAGAGCACAUCACACAGGUGGCCCUGGAUUUCUGGAAUGCAGGUCGAGACAGAGAGGAGAUACAAUUGCAUGACUUAGAACCAACUCUCUCCCUGUCCGUGUUCAACAACAAGAAGAGUGGGUUGUGGCACACCAGUCUGAUAGACAAGAACCUAGUUGACUUCUUCAUCCCCUUCCUGCCUCUGGAGUUCAGACACGUGCUGCUGUGUGGCAUGGCAGAGAUGUCCGCCAAGGGCCUGGAGCCUGACCAGGACGUGGUCGACCAGAUGGCCAGAGAAUUGGUCUAUUUCCCCAAGAGCGAUAAGAUCUUCUCCGUCAAUGGCUGCAAGACCAUCGGCAGCAAGCUAGAUUACUACACAUAGUGCGUGUUUGAGAUCGACUACGUUGCUGCCGGCGGCUGCAGACUGACUGAUCUAAUCAUAAUGAGUAGUAAUUUAGGAUGAAAGGUGGUUUGUAGGUCUGAUCAGUCGGUCUGCAGUUGCUGACGGUAAUGUAGACGAUCUCCGAGGGAACAGCUACUGUAUCUAUCUACCUCCUACUCUACUGUGUGCUCUUUCUUAAUGAGAACAUCUCCGCCAGUCGGAGUGAGGAAGUCAGUGACUGAACCCAGAAAGGGAAUGAUGACCUGCCCCUCACGUCUCCCAAUGUCAACACAACCAUGUGGAGGACAUCAACGGUCUCUCUCUGAUGGCACUCCCUGAAGAUGAACCAAUGGACUACUGAGAGAGAGGAGGUUGAAUUGAAGGAGAUCAAAAAUAAAAUAACAGGGAAGUGUUAAAGUAAAAAAUGUUAUCCAAUCAAGGUGCUUGAUUCUAAUUUAUAUAUUCUAUAAAUGAGAAUCUCCAAAAACUAUAUAUAUAUUUUUCAGGGAAUUCUGCUGCACAUGAACUCAGUGGCAAUUGAAAACUAGUUGUAUAUUAGAAACAAAUGUGGUUUAAAGCUGCAAUCUGUAAUAAUUUGUGAAACCAAACGGCAGCCCUGCCACUUGGUUUGCUGUUAAUCUUAGGGAUGCCAGGGCCAGAGAAGUGUAACCACUCUCUCCAAAUGAGAGGGUGCUAUGGAUGCAAGAGCUCACACAGCCCAUGAGAUCAACGUGAUAGUUAUAUUCUUCAAGAAUCAAUGUGUAAAUAUUGUUAAUUGAAAUAAGAAUUGAACAGCUGUAACUUGCAGAUUGCACCUUUUUUAAUUGUCAUUAAAAACGUAGCACUGAAAUAUUGUGCAUUUGUGGUGCACGGGAUACCCAUAAAUUGUGUAUUUUAUAUCUGUCGUCAAUACAGAUAUAUCUAGACAUGGAAAAAUCCACCUUAAAACGUACAUCUAUUUUGCCUUUGUUUUUAAUCCUUACUCAUUCACCAGAAGCAUUGUGUACAUUUCAACAUCUGUUGUCAGUUUAGCUUUGUGGGUAUACAAGUAUUUAGUGUGCAGUCCACACAUUUUUUUAUUUUUCACUUAUUUCAAGAUUGAUCCAGAUUUGUCCUAAAUCAUUUAAUUGAGUAGCCCAACUGCCCUGUGUCUGUAAAUCUAAUGUAUUUUUAUAUAUAUGUAGCUUAAUCACAAUGAAACAAUUAUGUUUUUUUUUUUGUACAAUUGUAUACUGUGCCUUAGUUACUGUUCUCGAUCUAAACAAUGCACAAAAAAAUUAUUACAGGAAGGAAGGUUCACUAUUUGUCAGUCAAGUGUUUUUAUAUAGGAAAAAUGUGUGUUUGUUUUACUUUUGUUUGAGUACAUGCACAGUACUUAAAGUAAAAAUACUUUAGAGUACUACCUAAGAAGUUUUCUUUGGUAUCUGUUCUUUA